UGUUGGUUCUAUGAUCCCAGUGCGAAGUUUGGUCGGAAAAUGAUGUAUGUCAAUUAUUUGGAAGAACUGGCACAAUACGUUAAUCUUGAUCAACUUAUUAUACCUCCCCAAGUAAUAGAACACAAUGAACAGCUAAUGUUAAAGAACAAAAAGAAUUUACCAACGAGUCCACCUCAGAGUACGGUAACAACACCGGUUGGAACCACUCAAUUUGGAGCGAGUCUGUUGUUUAUUAAAGAGAACAACAACGGCGAUGCCAUACCACCAAUAGUGAGACAGUGUAUCGAAUUCCUUGAUACGCCGGAUGCAUUAGAGACAGAAGGAAUAUUUAGAAGAUCCGCGAACGUAGCAGUAGUUAAAGAACUUCAGCAUCGGUGUAAUCAAGGAUUACCCGUUAAUUUCCAAGGAGAUCCGCACAUAGCAGCCGUUCUUCUUAAAACAUUUCUUCGCGAAUUAGACGAGCCUCUUAUGACGUACGAUUUGUACGACGAAAUAACACAAUUUCAAGCUCUGUCAAAAGACGAGCGUCCAAGAAGAGUUAAAAUAUUAGUGCUUGAGAAACUUCCAGAGGACAAUUAUCAGCUUUUGAAAUACAUUGUACAAUUUUUAUCGAGGGUGAUGGAUCGAUGUGAUUUAAACAAAAUGACGUCGAGUAAUCUCGCCGUUGUGUUUGGUCCAAAUCUCGUUAGAGCACCACCGUCACGCGGCAUGUCGCUAUCUGCGAUAGGUCCUAUUAAUCAAUUCGUAGACUUUCUAUUCACCCAUCAGGAUAAAAUAUUUAUUAUAUAAAAGGAGAACUUGUAGAACCGAAUGGUAAAGAGGCCUAAUUUGAAACGAAGUUGAUACAGUUUAUGUAUGUUAUAGAAGAACGGAAAUCCUAUAAAUUUCGCUGCCGAGUUUGAUAUUGUAUAAACUUACAUGACACAACUUCGAAGAAAAUUUUAUAGGAUUUUUAUUGGAAGUCACGACAUACACGCGUCCGAAGUUCUACGACUUCUUAUAUUAGAUAUUUUGAAUAUAACAAAUCUCGUUUAGAUCUUCGAAGUCAUGUUGAAACUUGGGGUCCGAAGCAAAUCUGCACGUAACACAAUUCGUGUAUAAUAUUCAUAUUUAAUUAUAACAUUCGUACUUUGUUGAUUAAAAUAUUUUUAUAUUCAAA